CCUCCUUCGCCUUAGCCUGCGAGGGCUCGGAACGGGCUCGGGGCCGCGGAGGUGCGCUGUCCGCUCAGCUGCGCGUCUUCUGCGCGCAUCACCUGCGCCUUCGGUGCGCAGCUCACGGUCCUAAUGAAAGACUCCCCUGAGGAUGGACUACAGCAGCGAGAUAUUCCUGGUCCCUUGCGGAAAAGAGAAGUACAUUUCCAAAAAUGAGUUGCUGCUACACUUGAAGACAUAUAACUUGUAUUAUGAAGGUCAAAAUUUGCAACUACGGCACAGAGAGGAAGAAGGGGAAUUCAUAGUAGAAGGCUUAUUGAACAUUUCCUGGGGCUUGCGCCGGCCAAUCCGCUUGCAGAUGCAGGAUGACAACCAGCGCAUCCGCCCCCCACCAUCCUCCUCCUCCUGGCACUCCGGCUGCAAUCUGGGGGCACAUGGGUCUGUUAUAAAACCCAGUACCUUGCCAGACAUUCAGGUAACGGAUGCUGAGCCCUCAACGGAUGGCGAUGAAGUUGACAGUGCAGUUGAUGCCAAAGAUCUGAAGGCUGAGCAGGAAGAUGCACCUCAGCUGAUGCGCACAAGAAGUGAUGUUGGAGUGCGCCGCAGGGGAAACCUCCGCACCCCAAGCGAACAGCGCCGGCUGAAGCGCCACCGCUUCUCCAUCAAUGGGCAUUUCUACAAUCACAAAACGUCAGUGUUCACGCCUGCCUACGGCUCCAUCACGAACGUUCGAAUAAACAGCACAAUGACAACGCCACAAGUUCUAAAAUUGCUGCUCAACAAGUUUAAGAUAGAAAACUCUGCAGAGGAAUUUGCCCUGUACAUUGUCCACACCAGCGGAGAAAAACAGAAGCUAAAAGCUACGGAUUACCCACUGAUUGCUCGGAUUCUGCAGGGGCCAUGUGAACAAGUUUCCAAGGUUUUUCUGAUGGAGAAGGACCAGGUGGAAGAAGUCACCUAUGAUGUUGCUCAGUAUAUUAAAUUUGAAAUGCCUGUCCUGAAAAGCUUCAUUCAGAAACUCAAAGAAGAAGAAGACCGAGAAGUGAAGAAACUGCGAGAGAAGUAUUCCGUCCUGCGCGUAAUGAUUGAGCAGCGAUUAGAAGAGAUCUCCGAUGGCCCAGCCACAAUGUAAAGGACCCUCCUGGAGAACCGUGCUAGAGCCUGGCAUAGGGAAAAGAGAGACUUCUCAAAGAUUACGGAUGUCCUGUUGCAAGCAAAGAAGAUGCUUACUCGCUGAGCUCGAACACAGAACUCACUUUCGCCACACUCUCAUCCUUCCUGCCCAGCAGUAGGAGGUGGACUCAGUGGAAGCUGUAGGUGCUGAGGACAAAAUAUGGGGCAUGAGCUUCCGAGGAAGGCUGCCACUUCGAUCCUCUGCUGGGGGGCUUCCCAGGAGCGUCAGACUGGCUACUGUUGGAAAGGAGAUGUUAGGUUAGAUGGUCGUUUGCAUAUGACCCUUAUGUUCAUGGGGGACUGUCGGCCAUAACUGUGUCUGAAUAUUGCCUCUUUGCUUGUCAAAAACGUCAGCCUGUCCAUAUCAAGCUUCCAGGUUUAGCUUGUUUGGUCACAAUUAAGAUUUAGAAGGAAGCCUAUCUGAUUGGCAUCCCUUCCUCAUCUACCCUGAUCAGGUUUUGAUGCUUGCCAAGCCCCAGCGUGGCCUCCUUCACACCUGUUCUUUCAGCUGCUCCUCACUCCAGUGGCCUGCUGCUUCUCCAUUUAACGCAAACAUGGGUCACUGGGAGUCCUCCACCACCAGCUUCUGUGGAUUGGGUUCUCUUCCCUUGUCCUUUGUAAGCCCCUGAAGCCGAGUUCUCUCUGCCUCCUGCUGUUAGAGCAGAAAUGCUACCCCAAGUAGGCACGGAGGUCAGAACUGGCAACAUCUCAAUCCCUUCCACUGACCCCUGUAUCCUCUUGGAUCCAUCGCCAUGCAGUUCCCUUACAUCCUUCCCUGCAUCACACUACUUUUCUUUGUAAAGAAAUGAGAGCUGAAAAGCCCAAGUAAAGGUAUGUGAGGCAUCCAUUUUGAUCCACGUUUCAAGCUCCCUUUCGCAGAACUUGUUUAUCAGGCUGACUACUGCAUAUGGCUGAGGUCCUUGAUCUGAUGGGAUCUCUGUGAGGCAUGGGAGGAGAGGCUUUGAGUUGACAGCCAGGUUUGAGCUGUGGCAAACUGCUUAGGGCUACUGAACCUCUGACCUGCCUGUAAAGUGAUAUGGUUUGGGUGCACCCGGGGUACUAUCUGGAGAGGGCAAGAAGAUCGUUCACGCCUUCUUCCCAUUUUAUACCACAUGUAAUUAUUCCUAAGGAGCACAGAUGUUCCUGGCCAGCUUCCUGAUUUCACACACUGCAUGCCAGUUGUUGCAAGCUACAACUGAGUUUGUUUAAGGCUUGCAUCUCUUUGCUUAAAUGCAAAAGGGUAAUAAUGGUUGAAUCUUGAAUCAGUUUAGUUUUGAAAUAUAUCAAAGAGUGAGCUGAAAAAUCUUGCUGUGAAUCUUGCCCUUCCUGUGGAAAUCUCUUUACCCCAUAACUGCACUGUGACCUGAAAAGGGUAGCCCUGGAGAGGGCUUGAAAGAUUAAAAAAAAAAUGCUGAGUGUUGAAGUACAAUUUUCAAGAACCUUUCUCUAUUAUGUAGAUAUGAAGGCAAUACACAGGGAUAUUGGCAGCAGUUAGAUGCCUGUAGAAGAAUACUUAUUGUUUAGCAAUGAAAAGUAGAAUGUUCUUUCCCCCCUUUCUGUUGAUUUAAAGAGCCAGGAAAUCAGUCUUCUUGAAUGGGACUUAGAAUGGAAGAAUAUGCAACAUUCCAUGCAAAUGUGGGUGUAGAUAUGCACGCGUGCCCUCAAACCCCAGAGGGCUUAUCCCUUUUUCCACCUGCUGUUUCCCCCUCUACACUUGCACUCCAAGCUGCUCUCACCUCUCCCUCCAAGGACUUCCACAUACAUGUUUGUCCUCUGAAAUUGGGGGUGGGGUUCUGCAGCCUUUUAUUAUUAAAGAGCCAAACUGCAUUAAAAUUCAGGGCAAGAGAUCAACAUAGAACCAGUAUAAAGUCCAUUUGCAAAACUGAAACUAUACAACUUAAGCGUUACUGAUAAUUGAUAUGCCAACUAGUCAUAAAGUUUCUGCAGCCCAAACACUGGUUGUUGCAAGUCCUUAAUUAGGAAGUCUCACAAUAAGUAAUAAAUACACACGGGAACGUUCUGUGUGACUUUUUCAGUGCAUUGGCGUAAAUCUGCAUGGUUUGCACUGGGAUUGCUAGCAACUGUUCUGUGAAGCAUUUUAAAGUAGUCCUUUAGUCUCUCAUAAUAAAUCUUUGCCCACUUUUCCCUUCACACACUGGUUAUUCUAGUACCCCCUACUGCCUUCAAUAUAUUUUAGUAUAAUGAUUUUUUUUCUUUUCCAAAGAGCCCUAUUUGGUUCUGUCGUGAGCCACGUUCGACUCGAACUGUAGGUUGCUGAACCCUCCUCUGGAGUGGGACUGGAACCCUGCUGGUUGAAAUGUCUUUGUAAGGAAUUGCAGUGGGAAAGCCACGGAGGGAAAUUGUCUCACCACCCCCUGAAGCUCCUUUGCCCUAACAGAAGUAGCCAUCAGGGUUUGGGUGCUGGUCUCUUCUUAUAAUGGGCAUCCCCCCAACAGUUUACAGUCUCUGAGGGAUCUUCUUGACAAAAAGAACGACACCCAUGAUGAUCUGUUUGGACCACCUUGAGAAAAAUAGUCUUUCCAGUGUGUCGUGUUAGAGCUGUGAUCCUAAGUACACUUACUGGGAAGUAAUCCCACUGAACUCCAUGGGACUUUUGUCUGAGUCAGCCUAGUCAGGGCCAGCCCUUUGGCCUUUCUCUUUGCCCUCCAACUAACCCUGUCACAGCUUUUCAGCUCUAAAUUGCACUAGCUUACUUGUAGAUUCUCCCCCCCCCUUUUUCUAGUAUUACCUAUGCCAAAUAUCAUAUGCACAGGAAAGUAUCAGCAAUAAUUUAUAUAUAAAUAAUGCUAUUUUUAAGAAAGAUUUGAAAAUGAACCAGCUCAAGAAAAGCUCCUUACCUGUAACUUGUUCAGAGAUAUCUCCAAACGUCCUUUGUGGAGGUCAAAUAGCACAAACCUCUUUGCGCUUGUAAUUGUUACUUUUACACUGUGUUAGUCCAAAUGUACAUUUUAUUCCCUUAAUGUUCUCAUUUCUCGUCUUGUUUGUUUGGCCAUGGAUAUAAGAAAAUAGUUGGGCGUUAUUUAAAGCAUAUUUGUGAUGUAUGGAGAGCAGUUUGUAUGAGUUCCAAGCAAACCCCUCUCAUAGAUUCAGUUCAGUAUGGUAAAACUGGCUUUCAUUACGAAGUCCGAGGGCUGGUUUAUGCAUACAUUGCUUGAUGAGUGGCAGUUGAAUGUGUGAAUUGGCUUGAAAAGCACAGGGUUGGAUCCAGCCAGCUUUAUCACUCAACCUUGCCCUGUUGUCUCUUUAUUACUGCUCUUGUCUGUCCCCCAUCUUUUGUCCAUGCAGUUCCCAUGAACACCAGAAUAGCCUUUUUGUGGGCACGUGCUCUCUUUCCUUUUUCACCAACAAAAAAAUGGUUGGAUCCAACCCUUAGUUUUUGAGUUGGCAUCAUCUGUGGCAAAUGCAUUUGUUUGUGAUAUUGAGGCUGUCAGGUGAUGGUGCCACAAAUGUGUGAACCACACGAUUUUACCUGAAAUAGUAAAAAAAAAAAAAAAAAAGGCCGCAAUUCCUCAGUGAUCAUGUAUCAAUCAGUCUUUAGUGUGGUCCCAGCCCCUUAUUUUAAGGGACAUCUUUAAUGCAGAUUAUUGUAUGACAGUCUACAUAAUAGGAAUCACGAACCACAGCUCUGUGAAGUGCCCUUCCUGUGACACAGUGUUGGCUGAUGUGUAACAGACCUCUGCACAGAGUAAUUACCUUAAUUGGGGGUUCACAAUAAUGUAGGAAGAACCCUUGAUCUGUAAACUCAUGUAGCAAAGAGCCUGAACUGUGACUCAGGAGGGGCCCAGCUCAAACCUUUCGUCGUUCCUGAACAUAUUAGGUGGUUUUCAACAAGCAUUUCUCUCUUGGCCUUAUGCUGUAGGAAGAUAGUCCUGGCCUACCUUGCAGGAUUAUUGUAUGGACGACCAAGGUAAUGUAUGUGAAAUGUCUGGAACACUCUAGAUGCCUGGAAAAAAAAAGGCUAAAUAUUAUUCACUGGUGGUUAUUCCUAUGAUUUAAGCAGACCUGUAGUAUCAGUGCUGAUAGGAUGGGUAGAGAUCUGGGCACAAGGUCUCUUUUCAGGCUCAUAGGAAUGUUCUGCCAUUCGGCUCAGCAAAACGUGAAGCCUUUCCUCCAGCUUAAGGAGCCUUCUUCCAACUUAGGUUGCCCUUUCACUGGAGGGAGAGCCACUUCCAUUGGAGGAAGAGCCCUUAGGCUGGAGGGAGGCAGCAAAUGGUGCUGAGCAAAGUGAUAGGAGUCUGGUUAAUAUUUCUUAUGCAGUCGUAUCUAUUGGGAGAGCAUUAUAUGUGCAAGUUGCAGAGACUCUGCCCAUGCUUGGAAAAGCACAAUGACACCUUCUGCGCUCCCUGCCUUCUCAAUGGGAAGGGUGCCCCAGCAAGCGCUGGACAGCCAGGAACUCCUUGGCUACAUUACCCAUGACGCCGGCUGUAUUUGCGGCAAGAGUCAUUCCCAAGCAUAGUGCACUGCUGUUUUGGAUGGGACCAAGCACAGCUUUUGCUUUGGGUAGAGCCAGGGCUUUUUUUCAGCUGGAACGUGGUGGAAUGGAGU